AAGUUAUAAACGGCCAGCAACGGGGUUUACGAUAGAAGGGUUUUAGGGUUUGGGUGAUCGCGAUGGCUUCUAGGGUUUCUCUCAAGGUGAAAGGAAAGCGGAAGAAGGCUGGCAAGGGAUCGAAGCCCACGGCGCCGGAGGACCUAUCGGCCGGAGGGCUCGCCAAGGAGUGGAGCACCUGGGCGAUGAAGAAGGCCAAGCUGAUCGCUCACUACGGCUUCAUCCCCCUCGUCAUCCUCGUCGGCAUGAACUCGGAUCCGAAGCCCCAGCUCUACCAGCUCCUCAGCCCCGUCUGAUGGGUCGCCCGGUGACCGGCAAGUUUCUCUCCUCCCAAUAAUUAGGGAUUUUGGUUUCUCAGGAUAGUGAUCUUCAACUUGCAGUUAAAUUUUGUCAACCUACGAUUUCUUGAAUGAUUGUUCAUGAUGCAUUGCUGAAUUUUGAUAUCAGUUUGAGUAAUCAAUCGAACUUCUAAACUACAAA